UAAAAAUUAUAAUUGGAUUGUAAAAAAAAUAAUGGCUCGUUCAAAUAAAAGUAAAUGAGAAAUGAGGACCGCUGAUCAUAGAACCACUGUUUGAGAACGUCCGAAAUAAACAACGCAUGCUCAAACAUCAACACACGAAUAAAAAAAACUUUUCAAACGUUAUGUUAAGAUCCACGUGCGUUUUGAUUUAAAUGUAAAUAGAAAGCCCCUGUUUCGAUUACCUGAACCGUACCAAAAAGAUGUCCUUUAAAUUUGGAAAAAAAGGGAAAAAUCCAGGCGCUGUGGAUAAUUGGCUCGAUACUUUAGGCUACUAUAGAAAAAACAUAGCUUAUGAUGAAACAUGCUUAUUUCGAGCAGUGUCUGAACAAUUGUAUUUCUCGCAAAUGUAUCACGAAAGAAUACGGAAAGAGUGUAUAGAAUAUGCCAAAGACAAUUUCGACAAAUUUGCUGACUUAGUUAAGAAUGAAAUGGAAUGGUACGACCACCUCCAAAAACUCAAGAUACACAUGGUUGUUUGUGAUAACAUUGAGAUCCAAAUUAUUAGCAAGCUUUACAAACGUGAAGUGCUAGUCUUUGAUGGUAUACGUUUGAGAGUUCAGGACGUUACUAACAAUAGAUAUUCAGGGACGUUGUUGCUUUGUAAAACUAACGAAGACCAUUACGACGUUGUCUAUAAGAGAGAAUACAUUAUGACAGCUGGUUUCUGUCAGUCUAUAGUAUACAGUAUUUUGUACGAGAACGUAUUCAAAAUCGAAAACGUUUCUGCCAUAGUCAAUUCGAUGCUUUACGAUAAAAACGCAUUUGCACUUGCGUUAAACAACUCAGAAUAUUCAAGUGAAGAUGGCAAACAGACCAAAUUACAAGGCAGGUGCCAUUCGGACAAUGAGGGACCGAAUGAACUUAAAAGAGAUCGUGAUAUCGAUGAAAAUGACGAGGAGAAGGGUGGCAGGGGCCCAUUAGACCUGCUCUUGGCCCCAUUCCCAUUCAAAGUGGCAAAGGCAUUGGAUCCCACUAUUUACAGAAACAUAGAAUACGAUACGUGGAUCGAAGUGCGUAGAGAGUUACGUUUAGGCGAAUGGUACAAUGGAGAUAACAAGUUGAUACUAGGGACUCGUUGCAUACUUCGUCUGAACGGCCAGGACUUGUCGUGCUACAUCCAGGAGCACAUAAAAAACGAAGACAAAUGCGUGGUAUACGUGACGAGCUUGGCCGAAUUUCGUACGGUUUUAUACACAGAUUUGAGGGCAGAAGACGACGCGAAACCGUGGCCUUUGCCCUAUCGUUUCUCGAGAAAUCUCAUCACGUACCCUACCCCCUUGCAGUUGCCCAGCAAGGAGUACAGGAACGCGAAAAAGCGCAAGGAAAAGAAACGCAACAAGUCUUUGAGCGAGAGCAGCACGCAGUCGGGCGUAGCCGUCAGUAACACGUCCGAAAACGUCGGAGAAGUCAAUGUGAGCGCUUACGAAGGGUGUCCUUUGCAAAUGAAAGACGAGAAAGAAACUCUCGUUGUCGACGCUAGUCCUCCUAGUCAAAUGGAACAUACGCCGGUGCAACAGGAACCUGAAGUGCAAUGGAUGAACGAAUGGGGGCCCAUCGCUUACGCCUCCGAUCCUACCAUGUGGCCGCAGUCUCCCAACAAUCCCCAGAGUCCCCAUCCUUACAGUUAUAAACCUGUCGUUCCCGUUUUCACGUAUCCAGAACCUCCCCAGAACAUCCAGUAUUAUUACAAUUACCCGGUGGAGAGCUACAGCCCUUGGCCGACUCCGGAAGUGAUGCCCUCCGACAUCAAUUACAUUCCCUGCGAGAAUCCCGAAGAGGUGCAAACAAUACCAGACAGCUACUCCACACCCCCCAAGUACUAUUAUUAUCAUCACCAUCACUCCCCCGCCUACACAAACCCCGCAAGCCCUUGCGAGAGGGCAAUCGUUACAGCUCCCAUGACCCCGACCACCCCCCAAGUGGAUUACUACCCUGUAAUGUACCCUCCGUCCCCCCAUCCAGGUACGCCUAUUUAUUACAUCCCCCCGCCCCCUCCGACGCCCACUGUGCAACCCAAAGUGGCCGAUUUAGUGAUCCCGAUGUCCCCCAUGUCCGUAUACACACCCCCGGCCGAUGUGCAGUAUAUGAGCCCCGCUUCUUUCGUCUUUCCAACCCCUCGUACUCCCCAGCCUGCGUGGUACCCCUCGAAUGUUAAUUCUCAAGGGUUUGUAUUCCCCACGCCCGUCUCGUCUGCCCCACAAGCGGUCGCCAAAUAAACGCUGACGUAAAAUUUUAUUAUUUUACCAAGAAACAAAGAAUUCAGUUUAUUUUUCGUUAUUUAGAGGGUUUGAGGUUAUGUUUUCGUUUUUCGAUCUCACUUUUUUGAUCUCAUAUCAAUUACUGUUCGUUUUUUCAGUUUUACUGUACAAAACUGUUCGUGCAAUGAGUCUAACGUUAUUAUUAAAGGCAGUUGAAUAUUAGUUACAAAGGGGUGUCCCUCGACGACCUUUUUAGUCGUGGUACAUCCCCCCACACGUAUCCGUUAAGUGUUUAAAAUCCAAAGGAUCUCAUUAUAGUUUAUUAAUGUGUUAAAUAUAAUUGUAUCGUAUGUUGCUUUAAGUCAAUGUAUGUACAAAUCGUGAUAUUACUUUAAAAAAGAAUGAAAUAAUGUAUUUAGAUAUUGUGGUCUCUGUGCCUUGACGUCGAUUUUAAGACUAACAAAAAAAGUUCCUUUAUAACGUAAAGACUGCUUUAGUUAAUAAUAAUAACUAAUGUAAAAAUUGUGUUCCUUUUUUAUAAGUUGAUAAACGUUAUUUUUGCAAA